AUGGCCCGUCCCAGCUACGCAUACUUGAAGCUUAAAAUGUCGGGCCCCACGGGUGUGAUUACGGUCUUGGGUGACCCGAGGCGUGCAAAAGAGAUCGUGAACCUGAACGCCAGCAUGGCGGAAGAAAGUGGUGCAAAAGUGGAGUUUGUUGCAUACAAGCUCACCGUUGAUCCCACUGAGAUGCCUAUGGAAAAGAAACUGACUCCUGAACCAUCCUUCCAUUCAGCAACAGGCACAAAAAAUAUUCAAGUGCACCCCUGCGAUCCCUCCAAGACGGCUAAGAUUGAUGAUGACCUGGACCCAAAAUAG